AAUAAAGUGCAGGCCAUAAAAAGCAAUUAAACAAUUAUAAAACAAAAACGAGGAAAAACACGUUCUCAAGUACAACAAAAUCCAGCAGCAAAAACAACAAAGAAAGCAGCAGCAGAAACAACAACAGCAGAGAGUGGAACGGCCGCCGCAGCAGAAGUCAAUCCAACAACAGCUGCUUACAGUUGGACCAAGCAGUGCUCUGCUGCUGGCUCUGCUGAUCCCCCCUGCAUUGCACACAGAAAUCCAUGCAUGAGGCCAAGAAGCAGAGCUCUCUCUCUCUUGCUCUCGCAGUGGUCUGACUAAAAGCGCCGUUUGACGGAGUUUUGCCGGUGGCGGCGGCCCACCGACGACAAUUGCCGGUCCAUCUGUUGGUAAUGUGGCCAAUACCACGACAGCCCUAGCCGGUGCUAAGAGCUCAAGCAAUAACAUGUAUUCCACCCGCCAAUCUGUAAGCACCACGACCGGUGUACUUAUGGUCGGACCAAAUUUUCGUGUCGGUAAAAAAAUUGGCUGUGGUAAUUUUGGCGAAUUGCGUUUAGGAAAAAAUCUUUACAACAAUGAACAUGUAGCAAUAAAAAUGGAGCCUAUGAAGUCAAAGGCUCCGCAACUACACUUAGAGUAUAGGUUUUAUAAACUAUUAGGAUCACAUGCCGAAUCCGCCCCAGAUGGCGUACCACGCAUUUAUCACUUGGGCACUUGCGGUGGCCGUUACAAUGCCAUGGUUUUAGAGUUAUUGGGAUUGUCAUUAGAAGAUCUCUUCAAUAUUUGCGCCCGUAAAUUUUCACUUAAGACUGUAUUGAUGAUAGCAAAACAACUUCUCCACCGGAUCGAAUAUGUUCAUAGUCGGCACUUAAUAUAUAGGGAUGUGAAACCAGAGAACUUUCUCAUUGGCAGAACGUCAACAAAACGUGAAAAAAUUAUACACAUAAUUGAUUUCGGUUUGGCCAAAGAAUACAUUGAUUUAGAUACAAAUAGGCAUAUACCAUAUCGGGAGCAUAAGUCCCUAACCGGCACCGCACGCUAUAUGUCAAUCAAUACGCAUAUGGGGCGUGAGCAGUCGCGACGUGACGAUCUGGAGGCAUUGGGUCAUAUGUUUAUGUAUUUCUUAAGAGGUUCACUGCCGUGGCAAGGCCUUAAGGCUGAUACACUCAAGGAGAGAUAUCAAAAAAUCGGUGAUACGAAACGUGCAACGCCCAUUGAGGUGCUCUGCGACGGACAUCCGGAAGAGUUUGCAACAUAUUUGCGUUACGUACGGCGGUUAGAUUUCUUCGAAACGCCCGACUAUGAUUUUCUGCGAAGACUGUUUCAAGACUUAUUCGACCGUAAGAACUACACCGACGAGGGAGAGUUCGACUGGACAGGGAAGACAAUGACCAAGGAGCAGCUGGAUCAAAUGAAAGUCAUUAAGAAUGCGCCGCCGUCGCAUUUGGCCAAGAACAAGUCAGAUAAGUCAACGCCCGUCGGAUCUCUGCAAACUGGCCAUGAAGUCAUCAUUUCACCAAAUAAAGAUCGGCAUAAUGUUACGGCUAAGGAUGUUUCAUAUUUUGAUUUUGAUGACGAUAAUGAGAAUGAGAAUGAAGAAUAUAUCGUACUCCAGACAAAUGCCAAAGGAGGUGUUGCUGCGUGGCCUGAUGUGCCAAAGCCGGGGGCAACACUGGGCAAUCUAACGCCGGCCGAUCGGCAUGGCUCAGUGCAGGUUGUGAGUUCGACGAAUGGCGAACUAAAUCCGGACGAUCCCACGGCCGGACACUCAAACACGCCCAUCACACAGCAGCCUGAAGUCGAAGUUGUCGAUGAAACAAAUGGUUCCUUAUAUUCCAGAUGUUGUUGUUUCUUUAAACGAAAGAAGAAGAAAUCGACGCGCCAAAAAUGACUAGACGGUGUACAAUGUAGUCCGGAACGCGAGGCAGUCACCCUGCUGCGCGCCACUUCACAUUCAAACUCACGGGAUAGCGUAUUGAAUAAUCCGAGUCAGGAUUACAUCCAGCAGGCAACGUCGCAGCACACGCUGCGUUAUCCUCCAUCCGCGUCGAUGCUGACGCCCACACCAACUACAAACACACCGACACUUCCGUUGUAAUUUAUAUAAAUAUAAAACAAACACCCCACAAACAAAACAUACAACAAGAACA